UUUGCUGGAAGGAAAGACAAUUAUAUUUUAGCACCGGACUGGACAAAGCUUUGCCAUUCCAAACCGGUCCAAAGCGGGUUAACCAAGCUGUGAAAUGUGUCGACCUAUGUGGAUGUCACAUCUGAGUGACAGAGCCACAACAAUCUGUUUCCGAAGAGCUGCUCUUUAGAUUUACGAAUACAUCCUGUUACUUAAAGGAUGGACUUUCGCGGUAGGAGGCAUGAACGAGGCAGCAACUGGACCGACCCGGAGAUAGUGGAGCUACUCCAGCUGUGGUCCGAUGAGUCGGUCCAGAUUGAACUAGAGAGCUCAUUGCGCAAUCAGCGUGUAUUUGACCGCAUAGCUCAGAUCCUGCGCGAAAAGGGCAUCUACCGCACAGGUGACCAGUGCAGGGAGAAGAUCAAGAAGAUGAAGCUGGAGUACCGCCGCAUAAAGGACAAUCAUAAAAUGAGGUCUUGGAAGUUUUAUGAUGUGAUGGACAGGGUGUUGGCGAACAGACCGGCUAUCACUUACUCUUCCCUGGGCGGGGCUGUCAUAGCUCAACAGGUUUUUCAGAGUCCUGGUGGGACAGAUGCCUAUCUGCAAGGGGUUUCUGCAGGUGCCUUUGGUCCAGCUUCUACAGGUGGGUUUUUGUUUGGUCACCCUCCUAAGACUGGAGAUCCGCUAGAUAUAAAAUGUGAAGAUGUUGAGGAGAGCAUGCUGAACUCAGGUGUUGCACCUCCAGAGAUGUACUAUGGAUCUGGGGAUGAUCAGGAAACUGAUGGGCAGUCUCUACUGGGACCAGAGGACGCACUGGGUCAAGGAGAGAGUUCAAAUGCAAGGAUCUCUCCUUCAGGUUUUACUGACCUGAAUAUUUCUGGCUCUGCCACCCAGUCUGGUGGUGGUCCUGUGCCACAUGAUGCAUCUGAGCUACCCAGUAAGGACGGUUCUCAUCCUCCAUCUGCUGUAAGACAGAGGAAGCGCAGACGGGCGGGCAAAACAUCAUGGGGUCAUGUAGGUGCUAGAUGUGGCAGUCAGGGGCGCCUGGAUAAAGCUCUGACCAGCUUCCUCACCUGGCAGCAGUCAGCUGAAGAGCGCCUCCUCUCCCUUGAGGAGGCACGACUGGAGAGGGAGCUGCAGGCCGAGGAGCGAAGGGAGCAGCGGGAGGAGAGGAGGGCAGAACAGGAGCGCCAGCAUGAGUUGCGCCUGUUCAGUAUGCUCACGGGGGCAUUGGUCAGACGGGAUACUCAGACCGCUGCAACAACACUAGUGGACCCCACUGUGUCACCCCUAGUUAAUCUGUCAGCUUCACUGAUGGCCGCAGCUGCCUCCUCUGUCUCAUCAUCUUUAUCUCAGCCACCUUCAGAGGCACCCACUACACAGGCUGUUUCCACUGAGGAAACGACAACAUCAACACUGCCCUCAUCUGUCAAGGCCUGUGAAAUGUCUGAGAUCAUUUUGGCAACUCUGAGAGGUGCAGAAGCUCCUGGCCGGAGUGUGUACCUGUCCGACCGCGGUAAUGCUAUCCGACAGCAUCAAGGCAUUCUCCAGGAGGGCUAUGCCCAAUAUGGAGCAGACAGAUACCAUGACACAAACAACCCUAAUGGUGUAAUAAACAUGGGCACCAGUGAGAACAAAUUAUGCUAUGAUCUUCUUCAUAAACGGCUGACCCAGCCUGACAUGCUCCAUAUUGACCCGUCUUUGUUGCAGUAUUCAGACUGGAGGGGACACACGUUCCUGAGAGAGGAGGUUGCAAAGUUCCUGACUCACUACUGUUGUUCUCCAAACCCUCUCAAAGCUGACAAUGUUGUGGUGAUGAACGGCUGUGGUUCCCUCUUCUCAUGUAUUGCUGCAGUAAUUUGCGACCCUAAAGAUGCCAUUCUCAUUCCUACUCCUUUCUACGGUGUUAUCACUGAAGACCUGCAUUUGUAUAGUGAUGUCAAAUUGUUUCAUGUGCCUCUUGACUGUGAGGCCAGUGGCAAAGACAGUCGACCCUUCCAUCUCACUGUGGCCAAACUAGAGGAAGGUCUGAAAAGAGCUAAAGAGGAGGGGUCAAUCAUUCGAGCUGUUAUCCUGAUGAACCCCCACAACCCCCUUGCUGAGAUCUACACCCCGAAGGAGAUGAUUGCCUUCUUGGAGUUUGCCAAAAGAAAUGAGCUCCAUGCCAUCAUAGAUGAAGUCUACAUGCUGACAGUAUUUGAUGAAGCUGUCACAUUUCACAGUGUCCUCAGUAUAGACAGUUUGCCCGACCCUCAGAGGACACAUGUAAUGUGGGGGAUGAGCAAGGACUUUGCAAUGGCAGGAAUCAGAAUAGGCACUCUGUAUACUGAGAACAAAGACCUUGUGGAAGCUUUGGCCCAGCUGGGCUCAUUCCAUGGUAUCUCUGGAACCACACAGCACCAGGUAGCACAACUUCUUCAGGACAGAGAGUGGAUCAGCGAUGAAUUUUUGCCUGAGAACAGACGCCGACUGAAAGCUGCUCACAGCUACGUGACAGGGGAGCUGCAGAGUAUGGGAAUUGACUACCUGGACAGGCCUGCCGCACUGUAUGUCUGGGCUGACCUCAGGAAGUACCUCAGAGAGUCGUCAUUUGAGGAGGAGUUGUCUAUGUGGAGGGGCUUCCUCAAACACAAGGUAGUGUUGAGCUGUGGUCAGGCCUUCUCCUGCUCCAUACCCGGCUGGUUUCGCAUUGUCUUUGCAGACCAACAGAGUCACCUUCAGCUUGGCCUGAAGCGAAUUAGAGAGGCUUUGAAAGAAACUGAAGAAAAAAUUGCCAGCCAUGAUUCACUCUCUAUCAAAGAAACCAGUGAGGAAAGCAAAAAGUCAGUGAAAGAGGACAGUGCAGACUCAGACAAUGCUGCGAUUGUAAAUUCAACAUCAUCACCCCAGAGCAAGUCAUCAGACCAGCUGAAGGAGAAGGAUAGGCCUGUUCCUGACACAGGCUCGCCAGCCACUGAUGAGUUUGUAUUGCUGGACUGCCAAGCAUCUAAGCCUGCAGAGAGCCUGGAUUCUCUGAUUGGUACUCUUAGAAAUCAAAUCCGUUCCUCUGAUUGGCUAGAGAAAAACACUCCAGAGCUGUCUGCCGGGGACGACCCGGAGAUUCUUGAUGUAUUCAAGGCCCUGCUGCAAAGAGCCAGAAAGUAAGCUUAGGAUAAACAGGCACGAAUGUAGCUGCCAAAUUCUGGAAGGCAGCUACUUAUGCAUCCUUCCUCCUCUCUUUGUUCAUGGUGAAAAGCUUGACACAAACACCUGACUCAAGGUCAAAUCUGAUGUUUAUUUUUGAAGAGCAAAGAGGAAAACAUUAGCCGAGAGCAGGCUAAAGAGAAGAGUCGGAGAAAAGAAAAGCCGGCAAGGCCAGACAGGAAGAAAAGGACUGCUGUGGGAGUGCUUUACAUCUGCUUCUCGAGGCCUUAUUUUUAAGCUGCUAUGAGAGAUGGCCUUGCUUUUUAUAAUCCAGAGUCAAAAGAUGUUUAUUUACUGGAGUAAAUGCCAAAUGUAAAUCAACCAAAAUCAGUUACAUUUUACUGUCAAACAUCUGAAGUCUGUUGAUCUGAAUUAUACAUCUUUAUUAGUUUGUUCAUAUGCACUUUAUCUUAUCAGAUUGUAUUUUACCUUCUGUGAAAUUAAUGACCUGUGAAUAACAGAAUGAAAUGUUCUGUCUAUAUUUGACCAUAUUCAGUCAUUUAAAAUAAA